AUGAAAAAGAAAAUAAAAAAUACAAAUAAAAAAAUAGUUAAAAAGAAGCCACAACCUGUAAAUAAUAAUAGUAAUAAAAAUAAAAAACCCAUAUCAAUUAAUAAUAAGAUAAAUAAAGAAGUUGUUAAAAUAGAAAAUAAAUCUGAAAAAGGAGAUGAUUUUUUAUAUGUUGGUGAAUUUAUAAAUAAUGAAAAAAAUGGUAAAGGUAUAAUUUAUUAUGAGGAUGGGACAUUAAUUGAAGGUAAUUGGAAAGAUGGUGAAUUAAAUGGGCAAGGUAUAUUUAAAACAACGGAAUUAAUAAUUAGUGGAGAAUUUAUUGAUGGUGAAUUAAGUGGACAAGUUGAAGAGAUUGAUAAAGAAACUGGCAAACUAGUAUUUAAAGGUGAAUAUUCUCAAGGUCAAAGACAUGGUCGUGGUAAAUUAAUAAUGAUUGAAGAUGGUGGAGAACUUACAGGCACAUGGGUCGAUGGUAAAAUGACAGGAUACGCAGAAUACACAUUCCCAACAUGUAAUGGUAGAUUUAAAAUCCAAGGUCAAUGGUUGAAUGGAGAUUUGGUUAGUGGUAAAUAUAAUAUAAAUUAUCAACCUUUGAGAAAUGAAAUCGAUGGUAAGCGACUCCCCAUCGAUGACAGGGAGAGAGAGUACAUGAGAAGACUCGAGCAUUAUCAACAGAAAGAGUUAAGCAAGGAAUGUAGAAAUUUCAUAUUAAAAUUGGAUGAAUCCAACCAGAACACCAUCUCAACAUCACCAUUACACAUUGACCUAUACGAGAGGUUUCAUUGUUUUGUAGGAAAGCAAUCAACUAUACCGAAUUCAGGUGAAGGUUUAUUCGCAAAGAUUUUCAUACCAAGUGGUACUAUCAUCUCAUUUUAUAAUGGUAUUAGAUUGACUCAUCAAUUGGUGAACUCAAGGUCAUGGAGUGAAAAUAAUAAUACAAUUAGUUUAAAUCAUGAAACUGUCAUCGAUGUACCGCCCCAUCUAAAUGACACUGUCACUCAAUACUCUGCUACUAUAAGUCAUAAAGCAAAUCAUUUAGUGCCAGCUAAUAAUUCUGUAUAUGCAAGUUUCUAUCACCCAAGAUUUGGUGAUAUUAAAUGUAUCAAAGCAAUUAAAGAUAUUAAUGAAAAUGAAGAAAUUUUUGUUGAUUAUGGUUAUUCAAAUAAUGAUACACCUUCUUGGUAUAAAGUAAAAUAA